AUGCAGAUUGGCCAAACACGAAUGCGUAGCUCGAGUGUGGCAGAAGUUGACACUAAGAUCAGUCCAAUCCAAGAACAAGCCAACUGGAUUGCGCUCGAAAAUACCAAAACCAAGGAUAUGAUCUCCUUGGGCUCCACAAACCCAGAACACAAGGACUACUUCGAGAUUAUCACGAAUACACCGCUCCCAUCUCCAUUCCCUCCUGCUUCUUUGUACCGUGAUACGGUCCAGCUAAUUAGAGAUAGAGAGAUUGCGCUGGCCACAGGACGUGCAGACACCGACGAGAAGAAAAGAAAAGACAAAGUCUCCGGUCUUAAUUCUGUUUGGUUUUGCGGACGUGUCUUCUACAUUUUGGGCAUCAAGGUCGAGCCAGUCAAGACAAUGAUGACGGGCGAUGCAUAUGACUUGCAGCUUUUGGUCGGCUACUACCACUCUUUCUACCCGCGAACCAACGAUGAAGGGGUCGAGCUACCCCUGGAGGAUGGCAAGUUUCAAUAG